AUGGAAAAUUUCAAAAAUCUAACAGAUGAACCUGAAAAAUGGUUUGACUACAGCGAUGUGAGUUUUGGUAACACUCACUCCCAGGGGGCUACGGUGGCAAUCACUUGUACGACAGGAGGGCAGCCAGCAACUGUCGAAGGAUAUGAUCAGGUAGGCUGGAAUCUUACUAUGUAA